AUGUCUCUCACCUCUGUUAUUGUUGAGACAACCCCUUUUGAGGGGCAAAAACCAGGUACCAGCGGUUUGAGAAAGAAAGUUAAGGUGUUCAUGGAGAAACAUUAUACUGAAAAUUUCAUUCAAUGCAUUCUAAAUGUACUUGGAGACAAAGUAAAAGGAUCCACACUCAUUGUAGGUGGUGAUGGCAGGUAUUUCUCCAAACAGGCUAUCAAUAUCAUCAUCAGAUUAGCUUCUGCAAAUGGGGUGUCGAAAUUAGUCAUAGGACAACUUGGACUUUUAUCCACUCCUGCUGUAUCAAGUCUGAUUAGAAGACAUAAUGUAUUAGGUGGAAUUGUUUUGACUGCUUCUCACAACCCAGGAGGUAUAAGGCAUGAUUUUGGCAUCAAAUAUAACAUUGAAAAUGGUGGCCCAGCCCCAGAUUAUGUCAGUGAUGCUGUCUAUGAAGAAUCAAAGAAAAUUACUAGCUAUAAAACAACUCCCAAAUUGGAAACUGAUCGACUCAUUGAUAUCUUGGGUACCUAUAAUUUCAAUGUUGAUGGACGAGAUUUUGUAGUGGAAGUAAUAGAUUCUACUGCUGAUUAUGUGGGGCUAAUGAAACAGAUAUUCGAUUUUCCAAAACUUAGGACUCUUAUUCGUGGUACUGAAAAACGUCCUCCUUUCAAUGUACUCAUCGAUUCAAUGAAUGGAGUUACCGGCGUUUUUGUAAGGAAAAUAUUCGUCGAAGAACUCGGUGCUAGUCCGGACAACAAUGUUUGUAGAAUAGUGCCUCUAGACAAUUUCGGGGAAAUCCAUCCGGAUCCUAACCUCACAUAUGCCAAAGAUCUCGUAGAUAAAGUGAAAGCUAAUACCAGCUAUGAUUUCGGCGUGGCAUUCGACGGAGAUGGCGAUCGUAACAUGAUUAUCGGGAAGAACGCUUUCUUCGUCACUCCCAGUGACAGUUUGGCUGUAUUGGCCAAUAAUCUCGAUUGCAUUCCGUAUUUCCAAAAGAACGGCGUACAUGGUUUCGCCAGAUCGAUGCCAACUGCUGCUGCUGUAGACAGGGUUGCUGAAAAAUUGAAGAAAGAAAUGUUUGAAGUACCCACCGGAUGGAAGUAUUUCGGUAAUUUAAUGGACGCCGGCAGAUUGUCUCUUUGUGGUGAGGAAAGUUUUGGUACUGGUUCUGAUCACAUCAGAGAAAAGGAUGGCAUAUGGGCUGUGCUGGCAUGGCUCUCUGUCAUCGAGCACAAGAACAUGAGCGUGGAAGAAAUCCUGAAAGAACAUUGGAGUAUUUAUGGAAGAAAUUAUUUCACCAGAUAUGAUUAUGAAGAAUGCGAGAGCGAUGCUGCCAAUCAAAUGAUGGAACAUUUGGAAAACUUGAUUGCUAGUCCUGAUCUGAUUGGAAAAACGUACACUGCACAUGGAAAAUCCUACAAAAUCAGCAAAGUGGAUAACUUUUCUUAUGUGGAUCCAAUCGACAAAAGUGUUGCUAAAAAUCAGGGCAUAAGAGUACUUUUCGAGGACGGUUCGCGAGUCAUCUACAGGUUGUCCGGCACCGGCAGCAGUGGCGCCACAAUCAGAAUAUACAUCGACAGUUACGAGAAAAAGGACGUCCUGGCUGAUGCCCAGGAUAUGUUGAAGCCUCUGGUGCGGAUAGCGCUGGAUAUAUCGCAACUCCAGAAAUUCACUGGGCUUGAGAAGCCCACUGUAAUCACGUAA